AGUAAGUGGUUGUAGGGCCCUUCCCUUGUGGAGAAAACCCCUUUAAACCCCCCUGUAUUCUUUUACUUUCUAUUCCUAAGUGCAAUAAUCAUCUUUUAUUUGUUCUUCUACUUUUGUUUUUCUUAAUUGACAAAUAUGUCAAAAGAUGACCACAACGAUGAGCAAGAUAUUGCUUCUCCUCAGAUCAUAGGGAAGAGGAAACUACGUCGUUACGAUUCCCUUGAUCUCGAAUCCGCUAACGUUAAAGACCACCAUGGUCAUAAUCAUAACUCCAAGGAUGUAAGUUGGGCAGUGGUAUUGUCGUUGGCUUUCCAAAGUAUCGGUGUGAUAUAUGGAGAUAUAGGUACAUCGCCACUAUAUGUGUAUGCAAGUACUUUUACGGAUGGAAUUAAAAAUAGUGAUGACAUCUUGGGAGUUCUUUCACUUAUUUACUACACAAUUACUUUGCUACCCUUGAUCAAGUAUGUCUUUAUUGUCCUGAGGGCCAACGACAAUGGAAAGGGGGGAACAUUUGCUUUGUAUUCCCUACUAUGCCGAAAUGCAAAGGUGGGUUUACUUCCAAGUCAACAAGAUGAAGAUCAAGAGGUGUCAAAUUAUCAACUUGAAUUACCAAGCAACCAAUUAGGCUUGUCUUUGAAGCUCAAGAACUUGUUAGAAAACAGCACCAUUGCCAAAUACAUUCUUUUACUUGUUACAAUGCUAUCAACCUCAUUGGUCAUAGGAGAUGGUGUCCUCACUCCCUCUAUAUCAGUUUUAUCCGCGGUUGGAGGCCUAAAAGCAGCUUCACCCGUUUUCACUGAAGGGAGGGUGGUCUGGAUAUCUGUUGCCAUCUUAAUAAUUCUCUUCUCAGCUCAAAGAUUUGGGACAGACAAAGUUGGAUACAGUUUUGCUCCAAUUGUCGGUAUUUGGUUUCUAGUGAACGCUGGAAUUGGUGUGUUCAAUUUCAUCAAAUAUGAUCCUACUGUCAUCAAAGCUUUAAAUCCAUGGUACAUCGUUCAGUAUUUUCAAAGAAAUGGCAAAGAUGCUUGGGUUUCUCUAGGUGGCGUGGUCCUUUGUGUCACAGGGACUGAAGCAUUGUUUGCUGAUGUUGGGCAUUUUUCUGUAAAGUCAAUCCAAAUAAGUAUGUCCUCUGUUGCAUACCCUGCUCUUAUGUUAACGUACUCCGGACAAGCGUCUUUUCUUCGCUUGAACCAACAUGAAGUUAGCAACGCUUUCUAUAGCGCCAUACCAAAAGCCAUAUAUUGGCCAAUGUUUGUUAUAGCUGUUGUUGCCGCAAUCAUAGCUAGCCAAGCCAUGAUCUCUGGAACAUUCUCUAUCAUUCAACAAUCUCUUGCCCUAGGAUGUUUCCCUCGUGUCAAAGUCGUUCAUACGUCUACCAAAUUCGAAGGUCAAGUUUAUAUACCGGAAAUUAACUACAUCCUCAUGUUGGCUAGUAUACUCGUCACAGUUGCUUUCAAAACAACCGAAAAGAUUGGUCAUGCUUAUGGCAUUGCAGUGGUGUUUGCGGAGACAAUCACAUCAUCAUUCAUGGUUCUUGUAAUGCUGGUGAUAUGGAAGAAGCACAUAAUGGUAGUGAUUAUGUACGUGUGUUGUAUCAUGUCAGUAGAGUUUAUAUACUUGAGCUCGGUGCUAUACAAGUUUCCUCACGGUGGAUACUUCCCAAUUGCAUUCGCUAGCAUCCUACUAAGUGUAAUGUUCAUAUGGAACUAUGUAUAUCGAAACAAGUACUACUACGAGAUGGAGAACAAAGUGUCACCCGAUACUCUAAGAGAUAUUGUUAGUCGAAGCAACAUUAGUCGUGUUCCAGGGUUAGCAAUCUUCUACUCGGAGCUUGUUCAUGGAAUACCACCUAUCUUUGAGCAUUAUGUGGAUAACAUCCCUGCUUUGCACCACGUGGUUGUAUUUGUAUCUAUCAAGUCGUUGCCUGUUAGUACGAUCCCUUUGGAAGAGAGGUUUCUCUUUCGAAGGGUUAACCCAAGGGACCAUAAUGUGUUCCGUUGUGUGGUUAGGUACGGUUAUGCUGAAACUCGUGAUGAGGAUCAACAACCUAAUUUUGAGACAAUGUUGAUUGAAAGACUUAAGGAGUUUAUGAGGAACGACCACUUUUGGGUUUGUCAAACUCGUACUGAUCAAAGUGUGGAGUUGGUCGAGGAAGAAGAAGAAGAGGAGGAGGAGGAGGAGAUGAACAUACGUUAUGGGACUGGUGACGAGAAUGAUGUAAGGAAAAAGGAGGAAGAGUUAGAAAGUGAAAUUGAGAUGAUUGAGAAAGCACGACGUUCAGGGGUUGUACAUAUGAUGGGUGAAAGCGAAGUGAUGGCUGGUAAAGGAGCUGGUUUUGGCAAGAGGAUUGUUAUUGAUUUGGCGUUUAAUUUCUUCAAGAGGAAUUUGAGACAGAGUGAUAAGAUGUUUGAUAUUCCUCGAAAACGAUUGUUGAAAAUUGGUAUGGCAUAUGAGCUCUAAGCUACAAAAGGGUAGAAACGCAGAGUAUACAUAGUUACAUAGUAAUAAGUUUAUCCUUCAAUUCAUGUAUAUAUCAAGAUCAAAUUUUCAACCAUAUAUAUAUAUAUAUAUACAACUUGCAAGGUUAUAAGCUUUUGGUCUUUUUCUCAGAGAGGAAUACCAUUAUGCUUCGUGUAAUCAAAUUGAUGUUGAAAUAUUUGGUUUCACUAGGAAAAACAAUUAGAGUUAGCUGGCCAAUUGCCCAAUUUGCUA